AUGUUCAAGAAAGCCCACACCACCAAACCCGCCUACCCCAUCUCCGGCUCAGCAAAGAAGAAACUCACCAGCCAACUCAACCUCGCCCCACACGAACUCAGCAACGCAACCAUCACGAUUGCCAAAGCAUACAACCAUCUCCACCAAGCACUGACGAUCUACUAUCACGCGAAGGAGCCAAUCUACUUCCAGAUCAGCAAGAAUGACAACAACCAACUCAUCCCAACCAUCUACACCCUCCUCAGAAACCCAGAACUGCUCCCCAGAAUCACCACCAACCAGCUCGUGCUCGACAAACUGGCCCAGGGCGCAGACCUCAUGAUCCCUGGCUUGCUCAAAACUCAGCUCGAACAACUCCCCGACCUCAAGAAAAACCAACUCGUCUCCGUCUCCGGACCCAACCCCCACGACCCCAUCUGGGCCGUCGGAUUCCUGGCAGACGACAUCGCCAACCUGAUCAGCGCCGACACCGGAAAAGCAGUCAUCACUAUCCACACCCAAAAUGACUACCUCUGGAAUUCCGGCCCCAGAAGAAUCCCUGAACGAUUGGCAGAGCCCGCGGUGGCAGAAGAACCACAGCUCGAGAAACUCUCGUUGGAGGACGAGAGUCCCACGAGCCAGUCAGCGAGUCCCAGUCAGCCCGCAGUGAAAGCAGUAACCAAGCCACCCGCCCAAGACGUCGAUCGGUUCCUGCAGUCGGCCCUGCUGAUGACGCUCUGGAAGGGCGACCGGCUGGAAGCCGAGCUGCCCAUGCCCGCCUCGCUCUUCUACUCCGACCACAUCCUCCCCAACCGGCCCUGCGAAUGUCCCAAAGCCGUCGCCGUCAAAGACUCGAGUGCUAAGAACUUGGCCAAGUGGAUCAAACUCGCGCACAAGAGCGGCUUCAUCAAGGCUAAGGAGGAGCGCAAGGGCGCGGAAACUAUGGUCGUCGCUCUCAACCUCGAGCACCCCGAGCUCGCAACGUUCUCCAAGUUCCGCACAAUCGCCGACCAGGAAAAGGAGGACUCCAAGCACGACCCCGGCACCCAGGAGGCAGAAGCAAAGCCCUCGUCCUCGGCGUGGACCCUGCCGAAGACGGAGAUUGUGGAGCUGUUUCGGGCCAAGAAAGAGGCGGGCGUUUUGUGCUGGAUAUGGCAGACAGAGCUAGACCAAGAAGGGCUGCAUCCGCGCCACGCGGUCAAGCGCGCCCUGGCGGCUUACCUGAACGCCCAAGUGGCCCCGCCGACCGGAGGCUCGAAGCCGGUCGACCGCAGCCUCGUCCGGCCCGACCCGGUCCUCAUCCAGGCCCUUCCGCCCGACACUCUCCCUGACGGGCCCGUCUCCAGGAACAAGUUGGCCGAGAUCGUGCUCGAGCAGGCUUUCGAGCCUUGGUGGAGACUCGUGCGCGACAACGUGCUCGUCGUCGAAAGGAAAGGACAGAUGCCCGGCAUCGUGAUCAAGAUGAAGAAAAAGGCCGGGCCCAAACAGGCCACGUUGGUUGCUGGAGUGGAGGUGUUUGGGAUUGAGCCAAUCAGACUGGCCAAGGAGCUUAAGGUUCUGUGUGCGGGGAGCACGACCACCCAUCCAGUCCCGUCGAACCACCCAUCGACGGCCGCCUUAUCCCUUGCCACUAAACACAUCCUGCCCCAACUCACCGCCCACUUCCUCGACAACCUGCACUACGCGUCCGAGCCCGGAGGGCUCGUCGAGGUCGAGUGUCAGGGCGAUCGACGCACCUUCAUCCAGACCCUCCUCGUCGAGAAGUUCGGGGUUCCCAAGGCGUUCGUCACCGUUCUUUGA